CAGAAAAAAAUCGGAAAAAAUUCAGAAAAAAUUCAGAAAAAAUUCAGAAAAAAAUCCCAUAAAAUUCAGAAGAAUUCCCCAAAGUUCUUGAGGGUUUCCCGCAUCCCCAAUUCCCGUUUUUGCUGAUUUUUUUCCCGUUUUUGCUGAUUUUUCCCCCAGGUGUCGGCGCUGAAGGGGCAGGAGGUGUCGGCGCUGAAGGGGCAGGAGGUGUCGGCGCUGAAGGGGGAGGAGGUGCGCGUGCGGCAGGACAGCGUGGCGCGGCUGCUGGCCGACAUGCAGGCCAUGCGCGGCAAGCAGGACAGCCUGGACUCGCGCCUGCUCACCAUGAAACAUGAGAACGAGGCUCUGUGGCGGGAGGUGGCCAGCCUGCGCCAGAAGCACGCCCAGCAGCAGAAGGUCGUCAACAAGCUGAUCCAGUUCCUGAUCUCCCUGGUGCAAUCCAACCGGAUCCUGGGCGUCAAGAGGAAAAUCCCGCUGAUGCUGAACGACGGCGGCCCCGCACAUUCCAUGCCCAAGUACAGCCGGCAGUACUCCCUGGAGCACCACGGCAACGCCGCCUACGCCGCUCCGGCGCCGGCUCUGUCGGGCCCCGCGCUGUUCCCGGCGGAUCCGGGCCCCCCGUGCGGCCCCAUCAUCGCCGACGUCACCGAGCUGCCCCCGUCCAGCCCCGAGGCCUCGCCCGCAGGCAGCCUGGACGGCAGGAGCAGCCCGGUGAUCCGGAUCAAGGAGGAGCCUCCCAGCCCCACGCGCAGCCCCCAGGCGGAGGAGCCCAAGAGCGCCGGGAAUUCUGGGAAUCCCGGGAAUCCCGGGAAUUCCGAGACCCCCCUGUCCCCCUCCACCUUCAUCGACUCCAUCCUGCGGGAAAACGACUCCGGAGCCGCUCCCGGGAAUCCCCAAUCCCAGGAAAAGUGCCUGAGCGUCGCCUGCCUCGACAAGUCGGAGCUGAACGAGCACCUGGACACGAUCGACUCCAGCCUGGACAAUCUGCAGGCGCUGCUCAGCACCCACGGCUUCAGCAUGGACAGCGCCCUGCUCGACCUCUUCAGCCCGUCGGUGGCGGUGCCGGACGUGACCCUGCCGGACCUGGACAGCAGCCUGGCCAGCAUCCAGGAUCUCCUCUCGAACCAGGAGCAGCAGAAACCGACGGAGACCGAGCCCGGCGCGGGGGACACCGGGAAGCAGCUGGUGCCCUGCACGGUGCAGCCGCUGUUCCUGGUGGAUUCCAGCGCCGUGGACGUGGCAUCCGGGGAUCUUCCCAUCUUCUUCGAGCUGGGGGAGGGGCCCCCGUGCUUCCCGGACGGGGACGAGUAUCCCGAGGAGUAUCCCGAGGAGUAUCCCGAGGAAUACCCCGAGGAGUACCCCGAGGAGUAUCCCGAGGAUCCCGCGCUGCUCCCGCGGCCGCCGCCCACGCCCAAGGACCCGGCCGUGUCCUAAAGCCGGGAUCGGGGACAGGGACAGGGACCGGAUCCCCGGAAGGGAUCCCAAAGAGGAUCGGGAAAAGGGAAGGAAGCCCCGAGUGACUCGUCCCGCUUCGCACAGACCCCGGAGCCGCCGCUGCCCUCGGGGAAUUCCGGGCCAUCCCGGAGGAUCACGGGCGAUCCUGGAGCAUCCCGGAGGAUCCCGAGUCGUCCCGGGG